AUGCAUCUUGUGCUAUUUCUCGCGCUGAUAGCGCAGUGUUUGUGUGACGUACGUGUUUCAAUAGAUCGAAUCAACGGAGAAUACAAUGUUAGCAUUAAUAGUCAAGUAUGGCUUCGCUCGGCCGGUACUUCUUUGUAUGUCGGUGAUCGAUGGUAUUCAUCGAGUGAUAAUUCACUUCCCUUGAUCGAUUCGAAGAGUGUCCAAGGAGACGAUCCGCUUUUAGGUGCAUGGAAUGAAACCCUACUAAUCUACAAUUUAACGAUUGAUCAAACAUCUGUAAAUGUCACUGGUCAAAUACGUCAAUGGGAUGCAAUGCCUGCCUUGACAUUUCAUUUAAAUACGGGCACAACGAUGUUGACGAAUAAGAUUGAACUUAAUAUUAGUGAAGUUCGAACAGUUUUUCCAUCGUUUAAAAUCGAACAAAACGAUGGAAAUGAUCGUCGAGGUUAUUUUACUUUUGAAGGUGUCAUGGUGGGCUACGAUGAAAUACAUGCUGGUCUCUGGACUUCUUCGAAUGCCGUCAUUAAAUCAGGUAUGGAAGCUGGGCCUGUUGUACUUUUUAAUCUUACUCAACGCGGACAGAAUGAUGUCGUUAUUCUAUCGCCAUUUUCACAGUUUAUGGCUACUUCUUUAAGUCAACAUGACAACAUUUUACAGUACGGUGUGAUGGGUUCUAUGCCAACUAUUCCAGCCAACUACAAUCACUCGAUGAUUCUCUUUUACUCAUCCAAUGGCAUCAACAGUUGUAUCCGGCAAUGGGGUCGUACGAUGCAACGAGCAUACAGGCGAAAUGAUCGAUAUCGUCUCAGUGAUAUCACUGUCAAUUAUCUUGGUUAUUAUACCGAUGGUGGUGCUUAUUAUUAUUACAAUACAGAAGGAAAAUUGAACUACCAAGAAACGAUUUUAUCAGUGUACAGGAAAUUAACACUUCCAUUUCGUUAUAUUCAACUUGAUUCAUGGUGGUAUUACAAAGGUUUGAAAGGUGGUGUAAGUGAAUGGCAAUCACGACCAGAUAUUUUUCCUGAUGGCCUUCCUUCCGUGUAUCGUCAAGUCGAAAACACUCCAUUUGCAGCACAUAAUCGGUAUUGGGCGCUCGAUAAUGUCUAUUCGGAUAGGUACGCUUUUCUUUUCGAUAAUGUUACUCAAAUGUCUCUUCCAGUGGGAAAUGAUACAUUUUGGAUUGAUCUACUUAGUGAAGCAUCACAUACUUGGGGUCUCACAAUGUAUGAACAAGAUUGGUUACAUCGGCAAACAUCGACUUUUCGACCCCUAUACUCCGAUAUUGAUCUAGGUAGACAAUGGUUAUUGUCAAUGGGCGAAGGAGCUGAACAAGCUGAUAUCACGAUUCAAUAUUGUUCAGCUUAUCCUCGUCAUGUAUUGCAAGCUCUUGAAAUACCACGAGUAACCCAGGCACGAGUUUCAUCCGAUUAUACAUCUCAUGUUGUUCGUCAAGAAACUCAAUGGGAUAUUGGUGUAACAUCCAUGCUAGCCGAUGCGCUUGGCAUAGCUCCAUUCAAAGACGUAUUCUGGUCGACAUCGAACGAAUCUGGCUCUCCGUAUCAUCCCACUCCAAUGGAACCACUGCCUGAUCGAGAAAUUCUAUUGGCCACGCUUUCGACAGGUCCCGUUGGACCAGGCGAUGCAAUUAAUUAUACGAACAAUAAACGUAUCAUGCGUUGUUGCCGACGAGAUGGCCUAAUCUUAAAACCAGACCGACCGAUAUCCAUGAUUGAUUCAUUCAUUGCUGAUUGGGCAGAGAACAAUGGGAAUAGACAGGGAGAACUCUAUUCAACUGAGACAAUCAUAAACAAUCAACGAUUCUCCAUUGUAUUUGCGUCUGCAAUGUUGAAAGACUAUUCAGUUUAUCCUUCCAUGAUUGGACUUCAAGCAGGUAUUAUCUGGUCUCACGAAAAUCCAAAUAAUUAUUCAUUCUUUGAUGUAACACAUCCUCUUCACAUUGCGGCAAGCCAAUGUAACAAUUCGUCGUUUUGUCUAUGGUAUAUUUCCCCCCUAUGGGAAUUCAAUGAUGCAAUGCAUUCAAAAUAUGCUUUCAUGGGUGAGUCGAACAAAUGGACAGUUGUUAGUCGACAACGCUUUGAUUCAAUCGAAACUAACAUAGAACAAACACAAACAACCAUCCAAAUUGUGGGUUCACCUUCGGAGGUUGUGGCUUUAUCAGUCUAUCAUUCACAACUUGGUAUAAAAACGCUCGAGUGUUUUCUUUCAACUACUACUGGCCAAGCACAACUAGAAAUCACACCCUCGACUAUUACAUGUUCCGAUAACUUUCUAUUUGUAUAA